GUGAUACAUAAGGCCCAAUACAAGGGCAGAAAUAAACAGGCCCGUAACUGAAAACACAAGGCCCUUAUCCGAAUAAUAAAAGCCAACCGAGCUGCCGCUGCUACUAGGGUUUGAUUUAUCCCUCCGUCAUCUAUACUUACAGCCAUGCCUCAAGGAGAUUAUAUUGAGCUUCACAGGAAGCGUAGUGGGUAUCGUCUUGAUCACUUCGACCGCAAGCGCAAGAAGGAGGCUCGUGAAGUUCACAAGCGCUCCAAAACCGCUCAAAAUGCUUUGGGUAUUAAGGGUAAGAUGUUCGCCAAGAAACGUUAUGCUGAAAAGGCUCUUAUGAAGAAAACGUUGGCUAUGCAUGAAGAAAGCUCCAGCAGACGUAAGGUUGAUGAUGAAGUUCAUGAUGGGGCUAUCCCUUCUUAUCUUCUUGAUCGUGAAAAUACGACGCGAGCGAAGAUUCUUAGCAAUACGAUAAAACAAAAGAGGAAAGAGAAAGCUGGUAAAUGGGAUGUUCCUUUGCCAAAGGUCAGGCCUGUGGCUGAAGAUGAGAUGUUUAAAGUGAUCAGGACUGGUAAACGUAAAACUAAACAGUGGAAAAGAAUGAUUACUAAGGUAACAUUUGUGGGACAAGGGUUUACAAGAAAGCCCCCAAAGUAUGAGCGUUUCAUCCGUCCUUCUGGUUUGCGAUUUACAAAAGCCCAUGUGACGCACCCUGAGCUGAAAUGCACGUUCAAUCUUGAGAUGAUUGGUGUGAAGAAGAAUCCAAAUGGCCCAAUGUACACAUCUCUUGGCGUUGUAACCAGAGGAACUAUCAUAGAGGUGAAUGUUAGCGAACUAGGUCUUGUCACACCUGCCGGAAAAGUUGUAUGGGGGAAAUAUGCUCAAGUGACCAAUAACCCUGAGAAUGAUGGUUGCAUCAAUGCAGUCCUCCUAGUUUAAGUAGAUGAUAAUAGAGAAGACAUCAUAUCAUGCCUGUUAUUUUUUAUUUUGAAUCAUGUGAUGGCAGAGAAGUUAAUGGCGACAGGAUUAUUAUUUUGGAAAAAGGGAUGUUAUUUUAUAUUAGUUAAUGCGUGUA